AAACACGUGAUUGCCCCCUUGCGUGUCUACACGCCCUAACUGAAUCCGAAUCCCUGAUAUACGUUGGGCAGGUCGCAUACAUAGAUACGCUUCUCCUCCGAAGGCUUUCAAUUUCGACUUCUUCCCGCAAAUAAAAUCGAAUCGACCGGUGGGCUUUCACUCCGUGCUUCGGUGGAAAUCUAGGGCUCGAAGAAAUGCGGAUCAAUCAUCACAGCCUCGUAGGCUCCCACUUCCUGGAGUUGUGGAGGCAGAACUCUAGGAUGUCGACGGAGAUGGUGGUGGAGGAGGACGCCGAGCCGUCUCCAACGGAGCUCAACACCUUCAACUGCUCCGACGGAUUCUUGAAUAUGUUGCCGGACAAGCUCUCCGUGCGCUACACCGGCCUCGCCCUCCACGGCCAAGACGUCGGGGUCGUGCAGGCUAAUCGCCCUGCUCCGGUCAAGCGCCUCGUCUACUACUUCGAGAUCUUCGUCAAGAAUGCCGGAUCCAAGGGCCAGAUUGGCAUCGGAUUCAUCACAGAGGGUUUCAGGAUGCGCAGACAGCCCGGUUGGGAACCAAACAGUUAUGGUUAUCAUGGUGAUGAUGGAUUUCUUUAUCGUGGGCUUGGAAAGGGAGAGGCAUUUGGCCCUACUUAUACAGCUGGUGAUACAGUUGGUUGUGGUAUCAACUAUGCUUCACAAGAAUUCUUUUUUACUAAAAAUGGGAUUGUGGUGGGAACGGUGUACAAGGACUUGAAGGGUCCCUUAUUUCCUACUAUUUCCAUUCAUAGCCAAAAUGAGGAGGUCAGUGUCAAUUUUGGCAAGGAACCCUUUGUUUUUGAUCUUAAGGCAUAUGAAGCACAAGAAAGAGCAAAGCAACAGAUGAUGGUUGAGAAAAUUUCUUUACCACAUAAUGCCAGUUAUGAAUUAGUUCACUCCUACUUACUGCACUAUGGCUAUGAGGAUACACUCAAAUUAUUUGACAUGGCUAACAGAAGUUCUCUUCCUCCCAUCUCAUUGACUCAAGGAAAUGGUUUCCCCAAGCAGGACGACAUGUAUGCAUUAAACCAAAGGAAAACUCUUCGACAGUUGAUCAGGAGUGGUGAAAUUGAUGAAGCAUUUGAUAAACUUCAGAGUUGGUAUCCUCAAAUUAUUCAGGAUGAUACAUCUCCCAUUUGCUUUCUACUUCAUUGUCAACGAUUUAUCGAACUGAUUCGGGCUGGGAAAGUGGAAGAAGCUUUGGCAUAUGGAAGAGUUGAGUUCGAAAAAUUUAAUCAGUUGACAGAGCUUGAUGAUCUAGUUAAGGACUGUGCUACUCUGUUGGCAUAUGAACAACCACAGAAGUCCUCAGUGGGGUAUCUUCUUGAGGAGUCACAGCGGGAGAUUGUAGCUGAUGCUGUGAACGCAACAAUCUUGUCUGCAACUGCAAAUCCUAAUUUAAAAGAUUCACGGGUUUACUUGUAUUCGAAACUUGAGAAGUUACUCAGACAACUGACUGCUUGCUACAUGGAGAGGAGAUCCUUAAAUGGAGAUCAAGGUGAAGCUUUCCAUCUCCGCAGGGUACUUAACAGUGAUUAUAAGAAUUAGAGUUAUCUAAGAAUUUUUUAUGUUAUUCCUCAUCUCACCUUGUUCAUAUGUCCAGCGGACCGUCUGUUGAACCGACUUCAGAGGUAGUAAGACUUGUUUCUAGUGUCCAUAUAGCAGUCCAGGAUCCCUUCUUUAUUUAAAAUAAUGUUCUGUUUGUGGGUAAAUUUGGGCGUUUACUCUCCUGUAAGUUGUAUUGUCAUGAAUGAAACGGUGAAUGAAAUUUCAUAGGCUGUAAAGAAUGAUGAUUUCCACGCCAGACAGUUCGCUAGUUGUGGAUAUAGUUGAAGUCGUCCUCACAGUUCACAAUGGAAGUAUAACUUAGAUGUUGGCUCCUUCUGGUGAUACGUAGAAUCACACUUCAUUUUGAGGGAAAAUAUUCGAUGUAAUUGUGAUAGUAUUUCAUAUUGAGAUAAUAUCAAAACCCAAUUUUAUGUUACUAUA